CCCUUCCUUCUCUCCCCGCUCUCGCGUUGGCUGCCGGGAUCGCUGGCCGCUUUGGUUAAUGUCCGCCAUGUUUGCCAUGGCGCAGGGAGCGGAUCGAGCGAGCCCGGCGCGGAUCUAGGGCUGCGGGCGGCUCUUCGUGGGAGCUGUUCCGGGGCGGCGGGGCUCUCCAUGGUGUGUCGGGCCGGGUUCGGGAGCGGCUGGGAGGCGGCGGCGAGGCCGUAGUGAGGGUCCCCCUCACCCCCCCACCUCCCCAGCCCGGCCCCGGGGUGUUAUUGUGAGGGGGAGACAAUGAGCAAACUCUCCUUCCGAGCCCGGGCGCUAGACGCCGCCAAACCGCUGCCCAUCUACCGCGGCAAGGACAUGCCCGACCUCAAUGACUGCGUCUCCAUCAAUCGGGCCGUGCCGCAGAUGCCCACUGGCAUGGAAAAGGAGGAGGAAUCGGAACACCAUUUGCAACGAGCUAUCUCAGCACAGCAAGUCUUCAGAGAAAAGAAAGAAAACAUGGUUAUCCCAGUUCCUGAAGCAGAAAGCAAUGUCAACUAUUACAGUCGUCUAUACAAAGGAGAGUUUAAACAGCCAAAACAGUUCAUUCAUAUUCAACCCUUCAAUCUGGACAAUGAGCAACCUGAUUAUGAUAUGGACUCAGAAGAUGAGACAUUAUUAAAUAGGCUCAAUCGGAAGAUGGAAAUCAAACCACUGCAGUUUGAAAUUAUGAUAGACAGACUUGAGAAAGCUAGUUCUAAUCAGCUUGUAACACUUCAGGAAGCUAAGCUGCUGCUUAAUGAGGAUGAUUAUCUUAUUAAGGCUGUCUAUGACUACUGGGUAAGAAAACAUAAGAACUGCAGAGGGCCUUCCCUCAUCCCCCAGAUCAAACAAGAAAAGAGAGAUGGCUCCACCAACAAUGAUCCAUAUGUAGCUUUUCGGAGGAGAACAGAGAAAAUGCAGACUAGAAAGAAUCGAAAGAAUGAUGAAGCCUCUUAUGAGAAAAUGCUGAAAUUAAGAAGGGAGUUCAGUAGAGCCAUAACCAUUUUAGAGAUGAUUAAGAGACGAGAGAAAACAAAACGAGAGCUGUUACAUUUGACAUUGGAAGUUGUGGAGAAAAGGUACCAUUUGGGUGAUUAUGGAGGCGAAAUACUUAAUGAAGUCAAGCUUAAUACAACUGAAAAAGAUAUGAACACCACUCCAGUGGCUCUUCAUAAUGGAAAUCAUCACAAAGUUCAAGAAUGUAAAGCUAAGCAUGCUCACCACUCAUCUCUAAAAGAGGAAAUGUCUGAUGUUGUUCGUCAAAAGAAGAAGUAUCCAAAGAAGCCUAAAACUGAGAGUAUAAUAAAUCCUCAGCAGCCCACUACUGAGCCUUUGCCUGUGAUCAGUAAAAGUGAUAUCAAACAGUAUGACUUCCACAGUUCAGAUGAAGAUGAAUUUCCACAGGUACCCUCACCAGUGUCGGAGCCAGAAGAAGAAAAUGAUCCUGAUGGAGCAUGUGCAUUCAAAAGAAGGGCAGGAUGCCAGUAUUAUGCUGCUCAUUUGGACCAAACUAAUUAUUCUCAUGAGAAUUCAGAACUGGCAGAAUUGGAUAAGCUAAGGUAUAGGCAUUGUCUUACAACACUUACUGUUCCAAGAAGAUGUAUAGGAUUUGCAAGAAGACGAGUUGGCAGAGGUGGCAGGGUGUUGAUGGACCGGAUAGCCACAGAAUAUGAUCCUGUCCUGAAACAGAUUGACCCAGAUAUGCUAAACAGUUACUCAAGCUCUUCCCAAAAUGUAGACUUUUCUUCUAAUUUUUCACGGACCAAUGCUUCCAAUAAACAUUGUGAAAAUAGACUUUCUCUUUCUGAAAUACUAAGCAAUAUCAGAUCAUGUCGACUGCAGUGUUUCCAACCAAGGCUACUAAACAUACAGGACAGUGAUAACGAAGAAUGUACCUCAAGGAAACCAGGGCAGGCUGUGAAUAAUAAAAGAGUUUCUGCUCCAUCUGUAGCUUUAUUGAACACCAGCAAGAAUGGCAUAUCAGUAACAGGGGGCAUUACAGAAGAACAAUUUCAAACACAUCAACAGCAGUUAGUUCAAAUGCAAAGACAGCAACUUGCUCAGCUCCAGCAGAAACAGCAGUCUCAGCAUUCCUCCCAACAGACACAUCCAAAAGCACAGGGCUCAAGCACCUCUGAUUGUAUGUCAAAAACGCUUGACUCAGCCAGCGCCCAUUUUGCUGCAUCUGCAGUGGUGAGUGCACCUACUCCCAGUCGCAGUGAUGUGACAAAGGAACAGAGCACCAGCCACAAUAUAAAUGGUGUUGUUCAGCCCACAGCAACAUCAAAAACUCUGUACUCCACCAACAUGGCUCUCUCAUCUAGCCCAGGGAUCUCAACUGUACAACUUGUAAGGACAGUUGGCCACACCACCACAAACCACUUAAUCCCAGCAUUGUGCACAAACAGCCCUCAAACGCUUCCCAUGAACAAUUCUUGUCUCACAAACGCAGUGCACCUCAACAAUGUCAGUGUUGUUUCUCCAGUCAAUGUACAUAUCAAUACAAGGACUUCAGCACCAUCGCCAACCGCCUUAAAACUUGCCACAGUUGCUGCCAGUAUGGACAGAGUGCCAAAGGUGACUCCUAGUAGCGCCAUCAGCAGCAUAGCAAGAGAGAACCAUGAACCAGAAAGAUUGGGUUUGAAUGGAAUAGCAGAGACGACAGUAGCAAUGGAGGUGACAUAACCUCAAACCAGUGACUCAACCUGUGCUGAUGGUGUAGUCAUUUAUAUUCCAGCUGAAUGCAAAACAACACCCUGUGGAUCACAGGGAAUUAAAAUGGACCUAAAUGGACUGUCAUAUCGUAUAUUAAGUCGAUAUAUAAUGUACAUUUUGUAAAAUUGGGAAAAUCACUACCUUGUAAAAUAGUUUAUUUGUAUCAUCAAUAUUAUUUCUGUUACUUGAAUAGUAGAUAUUCAUCAUCAUGCUUUUGCACUUGAAUUUGCAACUGAAUGGAUUUAAAAAUAAUUCUUUAAUGGGAUCAUGAGCAUGAAAUGGGAUCCUGCAUCACUUGUUUUAACUAUUUAUUUUGCCAUGUUUACAUUUUGUAUCUUGUAAAAAUAAAUCCAACUUUGUGUCUAAAAAAAGUUAAAGAUUCAUAGCUAGGAAAAAUUCUUGUAAUUUUUUUCUAAAGGAAAUGUAAAGUUUUCACUUGGUUCAUUUUGUUUCACAAUUUUAGAUGGACUUUUUGGUAAAUACUUUAGUGGUAUUUCACUGUCAAAUAUGAAGUUCAAGGCAAAAUAGUAUUUUCUAUUACUGUGCAGGGGAAAGGGAUGGAUCGAUACAUGCAAAUUUAAUGUAGUAACCCACUUUUCCAUAUAUUUUGAAUGUAUAUUUCUAUUUAUAAUACCAAUUUAUAAAAAAUAAUUACACAGAAAACCUGACUAGUAAAAAUUAUGCAUCUAGCACAUAUUAAACUUGUGCAGAUAUGAAGAAAAUUUUCAACUGAUUAUAUUUUAUCUGAAGUCUGCAUAAUUUAACUGGCUUUUAACUGUAACACACCACAUAAAUGAUAUUUUACCAGAUAUGUAUUGCAUUAUAUAUCAUUGCAAUAAUUAUUGGAUGUCUAGAUAUCGAGCCAUCCCAGGUGAUGGGGGAGGGGGGAGGGUUGUGGCAGAUUGUCUUUCAAUUUUGGAGAGUUUUCCUGUGGCUACAAGGCAAGUAACGGGUUGGAAAAAGUCUGACUGUAAACGUUGGACACCUUCGUAGUGUAGUGUUUUAGUGACUUUUUUUAUACGGUUCUUGUAAAUUAGAUAUGUGUAGUGGUGUUUCAGAAUGUUUGUUUAUGCACUAGUUCAGACAACUUUCCCUGUUACUUGUUCUUGAUAAGUGAAAACUGCAGGGAAAUAAAAAUACAUAUCAAAACA